AGUACCAAAAUGGCGUUUGAUGAGAUCAGUUGAUGUGUUUUUACGAAACGAGUAUUUAAAUAUUGUUGUAAAGUCUUUUGCACUGGUUGUUUCCCUUCGAAGCGUUAAUGUAAAAAGAUACAUGUGAUGAUUUAGACGUGUUUUUUUUCUUCAUAUUGAAUGAAUAAGCUGGCGCAUCAUUGUGGUUAGUGUGCGAUAUUGUUACGAUGGAGAGCACGGAAGAUAUCGACACUUUAACUUCAGAUUCCGAAGAAGACUGUCUUAGUUACUACAGUGAUGGUGAUGAUUGCCCGUCACCUCGCAUUUUCCACAAUUUUGAUAAUGCCGCUCCUGAAAGUAACGGAAGCUCGAUUAAACCAAACAAGCUAAGGAUCGCUAGUUGGAACUUAAACAUUCUAUCUGAAGCGAAGGUUAUGAAAAAAGUGGUAACUAUUUGUGAUGCAAUAAUUGACAAUGAGUUAAAUAUUGUAGCUAUACAGGAAAUCAGAUGGGAAGGUGCAUUGAAUGUAAUCUGCUGCAUGCUCAACAAGAGAUUGGGUAGAGAUGAUGGAAACGCUUGGAUGAGCGUCGUUUCUGAUACAGCUGGACGAAUGCAUGCGGGUAUGGAACUUAGUGGUUUCCUGUUUGAUUCUUCAAAAGGUAUUACCGUGGAUUAUUCGGAAUUAACAAGAUUACGUAGCAUCGAAUUAUCUCAUCUAAACAAAUUUCCUUUUACUAUCGAAUCAAAGAAAUUGGAAAACGGAAAGUUCAUCUGCAACUACAGCAAAGCCAUCGUUCUUAUUAAAGAGCAAUUGGAAACUUUAACUGGUGUUACAGGCGUGGUUAUGGUUGAAGACAUUUAUAACGACCCACUUCUAAUAACUCAGAUCGGACCGCUCACGGACAAUAAAGAGGUGGUUAUAGCGAAGCUGCAAAAUGAUAUGGAAAACCUUAUGAAAAUUACAAGUGAUAAAAGAAUUUUCACUAGAGAUCCCUUUUAUGUAUCAUUUAAGAUCAAAGGGACAAGUUUCAAUCUCCUUAGCGUUCACAUAAAAGCUGGGGGAACACAGAACUCCCGAGUACGAAACGAAAUUGAAUCUUUAAGCGACCUCAUUGGAUAUUGUUUUACUCCAGAUCAGAACGUCAUAAUACUGGGUGAUUUCAAUCUGUCACCAGAAGAUCCAUCCUUCACAAAGCUGAAAUCACUAAAUUACGUGCAAUGCAUUCACGAGUUUACAAACAUCAGUUUGGAGAAGCCAGAGGGAUCUGCUAUCCAUGAUAACAUUUGGAUAAGUGAAGCAGUACGAUCUUUAACAGGAAGUUACAAAGGUUAUGUGGUUAGAGACAACGUCAGCUGUCGUUUGUGUGGUGAAUACGUCAGUGACCACUGCCCAGUGUUCGUUGAGUUACAGUACGUUGAAGAUUCAAAAUGCCAUCAUCAAACAGCCUUCCUUAUCAAAUGAAGCAAAUGAAGCAUUGUUUUUUUUUAAUUUUAUUGUUUGUAAAUGUAUAAAUAAAUUAUAUUGUUAAAAAAAAGUUAAACGAGCUGUAAAAAGCAUUUUAAAUAUAUGAUUGAUUUAUAACACAAUUUAUGCAAUAAAAAAAUUAUUUCGAUGGUGUCAUUACAGUUAAGAUAAUGCAUAGUUUAUGAACGGCAAAAUCGUAGAGAUUAUUUAAUCAUUGUUGUAAAUAUCAUAAGCAUUAGAGGCAGUGGCGUAGCGAGGUCGGGUGUCACCCGGUGCGGCACUUAAUGGUGUCACCCCCCCCCCCCCAGAGGCGUAGCGACCCUUACCGUGGAC